UGUCUCCCUUCUGGAAAAGAUACUUGCACAUUUUUUUUAUUAUUUUGACUUCUUUUGACAAAAUGCAAGAGGAUCGGGGAGAGAAGAGAAGUUAUGAAAAAGCUGAUAUGCCACAAAAUCCCAAAGAAUGGAAGAAGUGGAAAAAAGAAAAAAAAGCAGAAACAAGAAAAUGGAAAGAACAGAGACUAAUACAAAACCUAGAGAAAGUUCAAGCUCAAAAACAAGAAGAAGAGGAAAAGAGUAAGAAAGUUCUGCAAGAAACAAAUAAAGUGCAGCAGACCUUAUCUAUAGCACUUCCAGGGUCAAUACUGGACAAUGCACAGUCACCAGAACUCAGGACUUACUUAGCGGGACAGAUAGCCAGAGCUGCAGUGAUAUUUAAUGUAAAUGAAAUCAUUAUAUUUGAUGAAACAGGAUCUUUGGACAGAAGUGUGGAAGGAGAUUAUCAAGGAGUUGGAAAGAAAGGUCAUGCUAAUGUUCAAAUGGCCAGAAUCUUACAAUACUUGGAAUGUCCACAGUAUCUCAGAAAAUCUUUCUUCCCACAACACAAAGAUUUACAGUAUGCAGGCAUUUUGAAUCCCCUUGAUAGUCCCCACCACAUGAGAGCAGACGACAAUUGCCAGUACAGAGAGGGUGUAGUGUUAGAUAAACCUGUGAAGACUGGCAAGGGAUCUUUUGCUAAUGUUGGUCUUCUAAAGAAAGAAGUACAGAUAGAUAAACAUUUACAACCAGGAAUAAGAGUUACAGUCAAAUUAUCUGACCAAGAUCCAGAGAAAAAGAAAUGGAAAGGCAUAGUUGUAUCACCAUCUACACCACAGAAAGAAGCUGAUUUGUACUGGGGAUACAAUGUCAGAUUAGCCAGUAGUUUAGGUGCCGUGUUUACUGAGUGUCCAUAUAAAUCUGGUUAUGAUCUGACCAUCGGUACUUCAGAAAAAGGAUCACAUAUAGAUACAUUUACAACAUCGGAUGGUUAUCAACAUGCACUAGUAGUAUUUGGUGGUGUUAAAGGUUUAGAGGCAAGUUUAGAUGCAGAUGAAGCGCUGAAUGUAGAUGAUCCUAGCUUGUUGUUCCAACAUUACCUCAACACCUGCCCGUGUCAAGGGAGUCGCACCAUCAGAACUGAAGAAGCCAUUUUGAUCACAUUAUCAUCACUACGACCACAACUUCACAGAAACAGAUCUCCAGAUUCAUGACAAAAAUAAAUUGUUUGUUUUAUCA